AUGAGCCAAUUUCAACUCUUUCCACCUCCUUCGCCCACGAGGGUCUCGAAGAAUCCGUUUCGCAGGGAGCUUAGGCGACAAACUGAGACUAUCAAGCCUGCCAGUCCAAUUCCGCUGGAGGAUCUGAGUAAUAAGAAACCCAACACAGAGACUGUGCUCCUUCGGAUUAUCGAAGAUACGAAUGACAUCAAACCGCCGCCAAAGGCUCGCAUCGCCAAGUCAAAUGCAACUUCUACUCCGGAAAAGGCCCCGGAGAAACGGUCGACGCGAUUGCCCUCCAAGGCCAGCUCCCAGAAUACACCAGAAUGGGACCUGCUUUCGAAGGAAAUCGAAUUAAAUUCGCCAGCAGGGAGCAGCGUGCGCUCUGUCCAGAAAGCUCCGCAACACUCUGAAUCGCCAGAAAUUCAGAUGAAGUCAAUGUUCCCUCGGUAUAAUCCCAAUGUGCCUCUCAGCGAGCAGCAGUACUAUCCCGGAGCCUCGAGUCAGAGUUCCCGGUCUCACAAGCCCAAAAAUCUAACGCUGUCGCCUCAGCCGGAGAUUGAUCGUGCUUUAGGGCCCAAGACGGUGCCUGCCAGCGUGGUGAACUUUCCAUUGGGUGCGCUUGAUCCGGCAGACGAAGUCCAAUAUUCCUCUGCUGCAGAGCUUCAGGAUCUGUGGGAAGCUGCCAACGGCCAACGACCUCAGGACCUGUCGGGGACUUUCAAUCUGCGCAUGGCACGAACUGAUCCUGCCAUUUUCACAUUCGGCGAGCCUCAAUCACCGUUCUACACCAUGCAGACCUACUCCACCGACGAGCUAUCCAUCACUCGCACCAACCCGUCCAACGCCAACAGCAGCGUCCCGAUCAUGAUGCUCAAACUCGAAGACCGUGGUCGUCGCCAGCCACCCAACGACGGCCUUGUAUCGCGCCUCUUCUCUCGCCUCGCCGCCAUGCUCGCCAUCGAACAAGCCCAAGAGCUGACCCGACAACACCGACUCGGGCCCGUCGAGGCCGCUGAAGUCGAAGGCGACGCUCUCGAACGCGCCGCAGCCCAGGAAUCUUGCCGUCUGACCUGGAAUCACACCCAGCAACUCUACGAGCUCCAUCACCCAUCUCUCGCAAAGUCCCAGCCGCCGGCCCUCGUUGGCGCUGUCGGCAUCCCGCUCUCUCCCGCGCCGUCUAAAUACUCAGGGACUCUUCACAUCAGCAUCUCGACGCCAUCCCGGGACUCCAAACACCCUAAUAACCAACAACCGCCCACCAUCAUCGUCACGACCCCAUUACCGGCUAAUGCUGUCGAGUCCGCCAACGUGGCCGCCACGCCGCGCACCUCCACCCUCCCACUGACCGAGUCCGACGACCCCUUGGCCUCACUCGACCUAGGCACCAUGACCCUUUCCAUCUCCGCCGCCAUCGUCACCAUAAUCCCGUCCCUGUAUGCCAUCGACUCGCUGAUGAGCGCUAUGCUGGCCGUCGCUGUAUCAGAUGAAUCGACGAACCCGAUCCUCGCCGACAUGCCACUCUACGAUCCGCAUGCCCAGAGUCAAACCUCCUCUUUCUUCCACGACGCCCGCUUCACCGGAAAGUUAGUCGCUACGCUCGCCGAACGCGACGAUACCGAACAAAGUAACCAGCUUAUGGCGCGGAUCCGAUCCGCGUCUUCAUCUGCGCGCACGAAACGAGAUCCCAGGACGUGGCUUCGAUGGUGGAAUCGGUCUACGACUGAGCCUGAGACCGGAGAAGACCAAUCCCAAUCCAUCGCAGCCCCGAAGACCAAGACAAAAAGCAAGCCGAAGAAGAGCAAAAACCAGAAAAUCGUCGUCGAGGAAUUUGACCUCGAACGAUACGGUCGAUAUGGGCAUAGUUCGUCGCGCGAAGGCCAGAAACUACCGGGUGCGACACGCGGCGUGCUGCGGGUUCUUUUCUGGGGGUUGAAUCUGGUGGUGCAUGUUUUAACGAUUGUCGUGAAGGUGAUGGCGUGGAUGUUGGUCAAUGUGACCAGGUGUGUGACGAGUCAGAAGAUUUAA